AAUACAAUAUUUGUAUUUGCAUGUGGCCCGCGGGCCGUAGUUUGAGGACCCCUGUCAUAAAGGGUGGUUGUGAUUCUAAAAUCCCAGCACACUGAGUCUAGAAUCCUACAAGUCUGCCUUUCAGUGAUCAUAAGAUCCUUCGGUUCUAAUUCAUUCAAUCUGCUAGCUCUGAAUUCAGAUUUGGAGAGUCCAGGUCUGAGUCCUAAUACCUUCAGUUCAGGAGGUCUCUGCUUCCAAAAAACCAAGGAUGCUCUGCGCCUGGGGUGAGAGCCAUCAGGCUUUGGAGCAGCGCUUCUGAGCACUCGCAGAAAUGCCAGGGGCCCGCGAGGAGCCGCUUCUGAAGAGUUCCCCCGCUCCUCUGGCCUUGAUGCAAGGCUUGGCUUGGGAGGCACCAAGGGGUGGCCAGGAGCCGGGAGGCAGCCUCAGCCUGACUGGUUCACCCAGGAUCAAGCGGGGGGCCUAGUGCCCAGGAUCCAGGUGAUCAUCUGCUGGAGAGAUGGCUGACGCCCAGAACAGUUCGCUAGACAGCCCAGGGAGUGUGGGGGCUGUGGCCGUGCCUGUGGUCUUUGCCCUCAUCUUCCUGCUGGGCACGGUGGGCAACGGGCUGGUGCUGGCGGUGCUGCUGCAGCCCGGUCCCAGCGCGUGGCAGGAGCCCGGCAGCACUACGGAUCUGUUCAUUCUCAACCUGGCAGUGGCCGACCUCUGCUUCAUCCUGUGCUGCGUGCCUUUCCAGGCCGCCAUCUACACGCUGGACGCCUGGCUCUUCGGGGCCCUUGUCUGUAAGGCUGUGCACCUGCUCAUCUACCUCACCAUGUACGCCAGCAGCUUCACGCUGGCCGCCGUCUCCGUGGACAGGUGUGCCUGGAACCGGGCCGGGGCCGGGCGGGGGAGGGAAGACCUGAACAGAUGCUCAUUGGCCUUAGGAGAGAGAGAAUGGGGGACCCAAAAGGGACAUGGAGAGAGGAAAGGAACAGCUCCCUGGCCGCCACCGUCCAGUCUCUGGGCACCUGCAGGGCGGGCUUGAGGGGACCAUCCUGCCCUCCCCCGACUCCAUUAUGAGCUUCCCCCAAAGAUCUCUGUGUCUCAAGUGUCCUCACCAGGUCUGGCACAUGACAGGUGCUGUGUGAGUGAAAUGAAUGGGGAAGGAAUACACGAAAGAACUCAGAUAUUUAUUACCACCCAUGCCUGGCCCGGGUGCGGUCAUGCUUGAAACUUGGGAUCAAAUCCAGGCUCGUUCCCUAGCUGAUGAGCUUGGCCAAGCCACUGUUCUCUGUACCCCCAGGCACUUCUCUAAGCGCUUUGCCCGUGAACCCCCUUAAUCAUCACCACCCGGGAGGCAGGUCGAGUGGUAACCCCACUGCUCCACCAACCCCCAGGUUCCCUCGCAGCGUUUUGGGGUGGGGGUGGGUGGUGAAGGGCGC